GUCUCGCCACCUUCGAUUUUAAACGCGUCACCAGCCUCGCCCUCCAAUCAGGGCGGCAGUGCUUCCUCCGCCAACCGCCGACCUUCUGACGUUCGCCGCCUAACGGCGCAGGCGCGCGAUCUCGGCCGCCACGGGAAAUAGCGGGAGCGUGGAGACGGAGUGGUGACCGGAAUCAGGCUAACCGGCACAAAACUGGAGAUAUUGCACCACUAGCCUCGGUCUCAGAAGCAUUCUGGAUUUCUGAUUGCAAGGAUCAAGGCCUCCAAGCAAAAUGAAAUUGAAGAAGGGUGUUAAUCCCAUCUUCUCAUUAUUUUUGCAAUUUAUGAUCAUGGCAUGCAAUCUCUUAUUUAUUCUGCCAUUACAGCUCUUUGGAGGUUCACAACGAAGGUCCAGAAUAAGGGCAAAAUCAAUUACUAAUCAUCCUGCUGGCCCAUAUAGAUGUGUGGAAAGCUUGGAUACUCUGUUAGCAAGUCUCUAUGCUGGUGCUGACACCCUAGAUAAAAUUUUUCAGUUUGCUACUGAGAGCUUUAGGCAUAGGAAUUGUUUGGGAACGCGUGAAGUUCUUAGUGAAGAAGAUGAAAUUCAGCCAAGUGGAAAAGUCUUCAAAAAGUUGAUUCUUGGGAAUUACAAAUGGCUGACCUAUGAUGAGGUCUAUCAUCGUGUUGUGCAUUUUGGCAGUGGGUUGGCUGUAUUGGGCCAGCGACCCAAAUUCAACAUAGCCAUCUUCUGUGAAACCAGAGCUGAAUGGAUGAUAGCUGCACAGUCCUGCUUCAUGUACAAUUUUCCCCUUGUUACCUUGUAUGCCACUUUGGGAGGUCAAGCAAUUGCACAUGGUUUAAAUGAAACUGAAGUUACUCACAUCAUAACAAGCAAGAAACUUCUUCAAACAAAGCUAAAGGAGAUCCUCCUUAAUGUUCCAAAACUGCAACAUAUCAUAAUUGUAGAUGAUAAGCCAACUGCAUGGGCUGAUUAUCCUCGUGGAAUUAUGGUUCACAACAUGGCAGCAGUGGAAGCAUUGGGUGCAAAACCAGAAAACUUGAAUAGAGCUCGGACAAAACCUACAGCUUUAGAUAUUGCAGUAAUAAUGUACACGAGUGGAUCCACAGGACUACCAAAAGGAGUGAUGAUUUCACACAGCAACCUCGUUGCUGGAAUAGCAGGGAUGUGUGCCCGAGUUCCUGACUUGGGACCAAAGGACACCUAUAUUGGUUACCUACCCCUGGCACAUGUCCUGGAGCUGAGUGCAGAAACGCUGUGCAUGGCUUGUGGCUGUUGUAUUGGUUACUCUUCCCCUCAGACCUUGGCAGACCAGUCUGCCAAAAUCAAGAAAGGAAGCAAAGGUGAUACAACUGUACUUAAACCAACACUAUUAGCAGCUGUACCGGAAAUUAUGGAUCGAAUUUAUAAGAAUAUAGUAACAAAAGUAGAAGACAUGAGUAGUAUACAGAGAACUCUCUUUGUUGUUGCCUACAACUACAAAAUGGAACAGAUGGCCGUGGGUUACAGCACACCCAUCUGUGACUGGUUGAUUUUUCGUAAAAUACGUUUGCUACUAGGAGGAAAGACUCGGCUCAUUCUGUGUGGGGGUGCUCCAUUAUCACCAUCUACACAAACAUUCAUGAACAUAUGCUUUUGCUGCCCUGUUGGACAAGGCUAUGGAUUAACAGAGACAUGUGGAGCAGGGACAAUUAGUGAUGCAUUUGACUUCACCACUGGCCGUGUGGGACCUCCACUACCCUGCUGUGAAAUUACAUUAAGAAAUUGGGAAGAAGGUGGAUAUACUGUUUAUGACAAACCUCAUCCCAGAGGAGAAAUUCUUAUUGGUGGCCCAAAUAUUACCUUGGGAUACUUCAAGAAUAAAUCCAAAACAAUGGAAGAUUAUUUUUUGGAUAAAGAUGGACAGGCAUGGUUCUGUACCGGGGAUAUAGGCGAAUUUCAAGACGAUGGAUGCCUCAAGGUCAUUGAUCGUAAGAAAGAUCUUGUGAAGCUCCAGGCUGGGGAAUAUGUUGCCCUAGGAAAGGUGGAGUCUGCUUUGAAGAAUAGUCCAUUAAUAGAUAAUAUCUGUGUCUAUGCAAACAGUGAUCAGUUGUAUGUGAUCUGUUUUGUGGUGCCCAAUCAGAAACAACUACUAGCUUUGGCUCAUCAAAAAAAUAUAAUAGGAAGCUGGACUGAAAUUUGUAACCACCCAGAAAUGGAGAAAGAAGUGCUGAGAGAAAUUACUGAUGCUGCUGCAGUUGCAAGAUUGGAGAAAUUUGAAAUUCCAUUGAAAGUUCGGUUGAGUCCUGAACCCUGGACUCCAGAGACAGGCCUGGUCACUGAUGCCUUCAAACUGAAACGGAAGGAACUCAAAACCCAUUAUCAAGCGGACAUUGAACGAAUGUAUGGAGGGAAAUAAUACCUGUAUUCCACCCAACCCAAAUAUAUAGGAAUGACCUUGAAACAUGAUUAUAACCAAGAUCAAAAUGCAACAAUGUUUUCAAAUCCAAGGCCAUAGGAUUAAUUAGUCUGAAAGAGAAUAUCACAUAAAACAAGUUACCCUAUAGUAUUCUUUGAUUAUAGGUAUUAACAUUUAUCCAGGUUGGGAUUACUAAACCAUUUGAAGCAAAAGUAACUUGUUUGUGUUUAUUUAUAAAUUAAUUGUUAUUCAAUAAAUGAUCUAUGAGAACAAAUGUAACUACAUGAUCUCUUGAGCCUCUAAUACAGUAAUGUUCUCAAGAUUGUGGAAACAUAGUUUAUUUAUUAUGCACGUGUGCAAUGUUUAAAUUAAUGGGGUUUUAAUCGGUGCAGGGCUUGUUCUUUCUAAGAGACCUUAAGAAAUUGAGAUGAAUGUCAUUGGUAGGUGACUUUUGAUGGUUCAACAAAUAAGUAGUCAGUGAUGAGCUGAACCAUAAAAAUUAUUAGUCUCAGGUUCAUUCCCUGCUUGGUAAUUAGUUAAGGUAAUGGUUUGUGCAAUUAAUUUGGGAAUAAAAAUUGGCCAUGGUUACAGCUUCCAAUGAUUGAUCAGUCUGGUUGGAAGUGUUCAAGUGGUUGUCAGCUGAGUACAGGACUGAGCUUGUCUAUGAUGUCCUUUAUCCUUGUUCAAAUAUACUGCCUACACUUGCUGUCAAAUUCCAUCCAUGGAUUGUGGCCUCUUGGAUAAGAUACUAGGUACGAUGGCCUUGUAAGUAGUCAGUAUCUUCAGGAAAGAAUGGGGGGGGGAAGAGGAGAGAGAAUGGGGAGGGGGAAUUGAUCUUGAGGAAAAGCCUAAUUAGCACUGACUUCUGUGACAUCUGGAAGUAGGUUUAUAAAUCACACUUUUUUUUAAAACCCAGUUUUGCCUUUUUGUGUAUUGUACUGGUUCUUUUAAUAGGUUGGUGGUAAAGUGCUAAUAAGGAAAUAAGCAAAAAACUGCUGUAUGUAAAAUUCUGCUGUUGAACUGCCUCUGAAAUGACAUUGUUUUGCAUUUUAGUAAAGCUUGUGCAGCUGAAUGUUUUAAAAAAAACACUACAAUGGAAAUGCAUUCUGUAGAAAUAUAUUGAGAGGGUACUAAAACAUCCGCUUUUUACACAUCGAUUUAAACAGUUGUUACUGAUUUGUCAGAAGAUGGUUUGCACAAUGAUCAUACUAAUGUUUCCUCCAUAUUCUUGAAGAGAUCCAAUUGUUUAAUGUAAGUAGGAACAAAAGGUUUCUAACUCUUGGAAAAGAAAUGUUGCCCCUUUAAGUAUCCAGUGUAUUCAAUGUAGAAACUUGUGCUUUGGCCUUUAUCUGAUAUUUGCCUUGGGUCUCCAUUUUGUAAUUGGCAAGAACCAAAAUGGUAUUAGGCAGAUUCUUGAAUUAUGGAAACAGUAAAAGAAAAUGCUUGUUUUUCCCCCCCAAGACUUUCACCUUUACACUUUGUUUGCAGAAUUGAGAUAUUGCGGCUUUAAACAGACAUGCUGAAACAUCAGCGUACAUAAGCUGUGAUUUUAAAAGAAAAACCUGGGUGGAUUUUAUCCUUCAUUUUCCUGAAUUCACCAUUUUCAUGCUUUUGACUUGUGUGAGUGAUAAACUAAAUUACAGCUGUAAGAUAACUUUUGUAAUUUACAUAUACGGUGCAGACAGCUACUUUCACAGUGAACAAUAUUUGCAGAAAAACAGGACCCUGAAAAGGUACAGUUAGUAAUCCUUCAGCCUCUUGCUGAUGGUUGAUUUUUUUUUGGUUCUCAGAUAUUGGUUACUGUUAAGAACACUGCUUUAAAUUUAAUUUUCUACUGGCAAUCAGUUAUGAUUUCAUGACUGACUAGUAUGUUUGUCUCAAUUGUAGUUAAAUGGGUAGAAUUUGGAAUGCAUGUCAAUUGAUUUAUAUAUUUUAAAAAAAAUUGUGAACGUUUUUUAACAAAAGCAAUCAUGUUCACAAUGAGGUGGCUGUGGUGGAGGAGGGGGGUGUGUGGAAUGACAACAGAUUUUGAAAAAUGGAUCCACAUUAUUACUAGUCCUAAGAACAGUGAUGUCAGUAGCUCAGUAAAGUAAUGACAACAGUUGUAAGUUGCUCAUUGUCAUGGUGUCUGAUUUUACAGGAAUGCAUUUGAACUUGUUUGUUUCAUGUGAAUAAGCUUUUAUGUUUUGUGCAUGGUUAAUGAACUUUCUAAAUGUAAAUGUGAGGAAUGGGAAAGGAGGAUUAAAAUGUAUAUAAGAUAAAGGUGCAUACACUUGUAUAAAACUGACCGGAUGGUAAAAGUUUGUUCUACUCUACCUUGACUACUGUUCAUUUUAAGGAAUUCUAGUGUUGCAUCUGCAUUAAAUCUUGUUGGUAUUUAAUGGUUCAUUUCUAUCUGUAAAUACCCAUAGGACUGUAAAUUUGAAGUUCAUUUUUCUUCCAAGUAGUCAAUUGUACAGUAAUCUUAGUAUUUAAUGUAAUGAAUUUCACGACAAAAGUCUGGACAUUUUCGUUGGACUUCCUGCAAACAUCUAUGUGAACCACGUUACAAAAUAUAUUCAGUUAUUUAUUUGUAUUUGGAUAUGUUUUCAGUUACAAAAUAAAAUUGUAAUUUGUGAUUUCCA